CCCCGGGCGGCCGAGCGGGCGGCGGCGGCGGCGACCCGGGCGGCUCCCACACGCGCUGCGCCCGCCGCUGUCCCCCGCGCCGCCCAUGUCCUCCGCGCCGCUGCGCUCGCCCACCCCGCGGCCCCACAGGAUGAAGAAGGACGAGUCGUUCCUGGGCAAGCUCGGCGGCACGCUGGCGAGGAAGAAGAAGGCCAAGGAGGUGAGGGACCUGCAGGAAGAGGGCCGGCGUGCCGUCGACGCGCCCAUGUCCCCCGCCUCGGCGGACGUCCACCCCGAAGACACGCUGUUAGAGGAGAACGAAGAGCGGAUGAUGAUCGACCCCACCUCCAAGGAGGACCCCAAGUUCAAGGAGCUGGUCAAGGUUCUCAUUGAUUGGAUCAAUGACGUCCUGGUGGAGGAGAGAAUCAUCGUGAAGCAGCUGGAGGAGGACUUUUACGACGGGCAGGUGCUACAGAAGCUCUUGGAAAAGCUGGCGGACUGCAAGCUGAACGUGGCUGAGGUGACGCAGUCCGAGAUCGGGCAGAAGCAGAAGCUGCAGACGGUGCUCGAAGCCGUGCACGGCCUGCUGCGGCCCCACGGCUGGGCGCUCCAGUGGACCGUUGACUCAAUCCACGGGAAGAACCUGGUGGCCAUCCUGCACCUGCUCGUGGCCCUGGCCAUGCACUUCCGGGCCCCGAUCCGCCUCCCAGAGCACGUGUCUGUGCAAGUGGUGGUCGUGCGGAAGCGAGAAGGCCUGCUGCACUCCAGCCACGUCACGGAGGAGCUGACCACGACAACGGAGAGGAUGAUGGGUCGCUUCGAGCGGGACGCCUUCGACACCCUUUUCGACCACGCCCCGGACAAGCUCAGCGUGGUGAAGAAGUCUCUCAUCACGUUUGUGAACAAGCACUUGAACAAGCUGAACUUGGAGGUGACGGAGCUGGAGACCCAGUUUGCAGAUGGCGUCUACCUGGUUCUGCUCAUGGGCCUUCUGGAGGACUACUUCGUCCCCCUGCACAACUUCUACCUGACGCCAGAGAGCUUCGACCAGAAGGUCCACAACGUGGCGUUUGCCUUUGAGCUGAUGCUGGAUGGAGGACUCAAGACCCCCAAGGCUCGCCCUGAAGAUGUGGUGAACCUGGAUCUCAAGUCCACGUUAAGGGUCCUGUACAACCUGUUCACCAAGUACAAGGACCUGGAGUGAGAGCGGCCAGCGGAGGGGACUCUGCAGGGCGGGGAGGCCAGCCCGCCGAGGUCCCCACCCCCUCCCUGACGCCUCCCGGCCUUCUCUGGCUGUGGCUUUUCAGCUCCCUCAUGUGAUGCACAGUGGGCAGGACCCUUCGAAAGGCAGGGUUCUGUAGCCCAGUGCUGGUGUGUGGCCCCACCAGUGCUGAGACCUUGAUCCCUACCCCCGCCCCAACACACAGUCCCCUCUGCCUGUGGUGGGGGGAGGGGCGCGCCCUGCAGGUCUUUCCAUGGAGCAGUUCACGGCCACAGCCAUGGCCACAGGCGAUGGUGAAUGGCACCGACAGCUCUACGGGAGCCCGGGGUCAGUCUGGCUGUGGCGGGGGGCUCUCCUGGGAAGCCAGGCCUUUUUUUAGUAGAAAGUGUUUUGUAGAUUUAAAAACUUCCCUCUAACGUCCCAGAGGCCUUUGAUGGGACAGAAGGGCCACUCACGUUCCUCUUCUUGACCAGCCAGUGUUCCUCACUUACUUUUUGCACAGACAUACAAGAUGCGGGUGACCCUCAGUGGCCACCACACGGGAGGUGGGAUUCGGGGAAGCGGGGUCUGAUUUUUUUUUUUUUUUUUUUUUUGGUGACAGCCAAGUGGGCUCCAUCAGGAGCUAGGUCUAAAGUGUUGCUCGAUACAUCUCAGAGGCCCUGUUUGGGAGUCGAUGCAUUUUUUAAGCCUUUAGAAAGCGGGGUCUCUCAGUUUGUGGGGGCCGCCAUCACAGAGCGCCACAGGCGGGGGCUUAGACAACGGGAACAGAUGGUCCCCAGCUCCCAGGCUGGAAAUCCAGCAUCAAGGCAGGGCUGGCCCCUCCCAAGGGCCCUCUCCUGGCUUGCCGAUGGCUGUCCCUUCCCGGGGUCCUCACGUGGUCCUGCUUCUGCACCUGUCUGUGGCCUCACCUCUCUUUACAAGGACGCCCGUCCUGAUGGAUGAGGGCAGCCCCUGUGACCUCAUUGUACCGUACUGAUCUCUGCAAAGACCCAUCUCCAAAUACAGAGCCAUUCUGGGCACUCGGGCUCGGAGCUUCAGCAUACGGAUUCUGGGGGACGCAGUUCAGACCUUACUGGGGGGACAUGAAGAAUUCAUCCCCCUCCCCAGUGUGGCUUUCUGGAACCCUGCUGGCAUCUCCCGAUGGGCACCCCUGAAAGGGAUGCCGUUUGCCCCUCCCCCACUCCCCUUGGCUCCAGAGAAACGGGGGGCCUUCUGCUGGGGGGGGUGUCUGCCCUGUGUCACCCCACCCAUGGGGUCCCUCCACAUGGCAGCCCCCUUCUAGGCCCUCAGCAUCAGCUGCCAAGCAGGACAGGCCUCUCUCAUCUCUGAUUUUUACCUUCCUGCUGUCGAUCCGAGCAGUUACCCCCAUUGUUAAUACUAAAUCAGACACGGGCCCUCAUGACUCAGGAAACACCAGCCUUGCCCGUCUCCGCUCUGCCCCUGCGAGGCCGGUGGUAGUUUCCAAAGAGCCGUUCUGACGGAGGUGGUUUCCCAGCAGGAGAAAGAAAUAAUUAAAACAGUAUCACGGUGUCUCCUGUGGGCUGCGGUGGCAUUAAAGGGCCACACCGACAGAAGAGCGAGGGCUGGAAUGUUCCGUGCCGACUUCAUCACACGCGCAGGAUCCCAGCCGUCUGCCGGAGCUGCGGAGCCCGGUCCCCCCGCUGUCACCAGUGGGCCUCUGCCCAACCCUGGAUGCCCCCCAGGGCUGAAGGAGGGGAGGUUGGCAUUUGGAAAGAACUCAGCCUUGGGGGGGUUCCGCGCAGGGGGAAGUUCCAGCAGGGUCCACGCCUGGAGGGGGAGGCAGUGGUCCUGGGGGGGCAGGGAGCAUGUGUCAAGCCCUCUGUAUUUCUGGUCACAGAGUAAAAGGGAUCCCAAGACACAGGCCACCUGUGAGCAGGCUCGUUUGUCCAGGCCGACUGUCCAAGGCCAAGGUUCCAGCAAAGCCGGUGAUCUGUUGUCCAAACUGCCUUUAUUCACGUUGGUUCCUUGAGCUCUACGCAUCUCACUCCCCUCCCCUGCCUUCUCUGUCCGCUCUCAGUCAGAGUUCAGUGCCAGCCUAGGCAUUCGCGUGCGGGCGCCGUUGUGAGACGGAGGGCAGGGUCAAUGCUGGAGGUGGCCUCUCCUGGGAUCAGUCCCCCCGGCUUAGUGACCGUAGUUGUGAGUUGUGGGCUCUCUGAUGCUGGGGCGUCUUCUUGUGCAGCAGAAGCCGCUUUGCUUAAUCUCAGAAAGUUCUAGAAGCCUUCCUCCUUGAUUGAUCCACCUUUCCAGUGCUUUGUUUUUCGGUCGGGUGGGGACCUUCCCCAUGAACUAAGCAGAAGCGAGGUCAUUUGCACCUAAGCGGCCGUGGCUCGGGGUCUGCGGGGCCCGAGUGAGGCCCAGGCUAGGGCCGUGAGAUGGUCUCCUUUUAUCCUUCUCGGAGUGGCUGUUUGGGGCCCCGGCCAAGGGGUCUUCUGCAUGCGGAGCCCUAAUGUCCUCCCUGGAUGUGACAAAAAGCUGUGUUUUAAAGGCAGUGAAUGCCUUUCUCACUUCCUUUUGCAUGCCCGUGUUUCAUUGUGUUUUUAACUGUUCUAAGUAGUGUCACUUUUGGAUGUUGGAUGUCGAAUAAAAGUCGCUAAACCCUG